AGCUCAAUGACGUUACUCUAGUGACUUCAUGUAUUUUUAUCACAUAGCGUUUUGUUUAUUCUACUUCACAGCAUUUCUCAGCUUUCUGUUGGUUCUGGUAAAUCUGCUGAAGAACACACUGCGUGGAUCCGCUGGUAUUGUGCUGCCGACACUUCCCUGUGUUCAGCGUUUCUCCAACAACUGUGGUUUGUUUUCUGACGUCAUCAACGCGUGACGUAGUCCUCCCUGGCUCGAGGAGCCAGUGACAGAGCGCGCGACUCAGCGGAGCGCUCCUGUGGGUGCCGGUUCGCUCAGCGCGUCCGGUUUAGAACGCGACCCGGCCGGUUCUGGGUUCGGUACCGACUCCCGCCAGAGGAAACACGAGAGCUUCUGCAGCCUCAUCUGGGUUACAGUAUUUACAAGUGGACCCACCAGAACCCGGCCGAAGCUGUGGGAGCCUGGCGGAAGCCCGGUUCUGCUGCAGGACCGUGCUGCUGCAUUAUUCCUGCAGGGGGGGUGUGCCUGGUGUGCAGCCAUGCACCGCUUAAGGACCACCGUGGCCCGACUCCGGCCCCUGACGGCUGCACAGGCAGCAAAGAGCCCGGCGCAGCCCAGAACCGCUAGAGCGGGCUUAAGGACGGUCCAGCCCAGGAGGCAGCAGAACACGUCUGCGUCUGCAGAGCCCUUUCUUAAUGGCACCAGCUCCAACUAUGUGGAAGAGAUGUACUACGCAUGGCUGGAGAAUCCCAGGAAUGUGCACCAGUCCUGGGAUGUGUUUUUCCGUAACGCUAAUGCAGGGGCGCUCCCUGGCGCCGCCUACCAGAGCCCGCCGCCCCUCAGCCGGGGUUCUCAGGGACCAGCCGGUGUCCAGGCGCUGGGGGGGAUUCAGCCCAAUGUGGACAAGCUGGUGGAAGAUCAUCUAGCGGUGCAGUCGCUGAUACGAGCGUACCAGGUGCGAGGGCAUCACAUAGCAAAGCUGGACCCGCUGGACAUCAGCUGUGUGGACUUUGAUGACACCCCAUGUACCUUUGGUUACCAGAACGUGGAGGUGUGCAAAGACCGCCUGCGUAGUCUGGCUGUGGAAGGCUUUUAUGGACUGACUGAAUGUGACCUGGACAAAGUUUUCCGGCUUCCCACCACCACCUUCAUUGGUGGCAACGAGAGUUCUCUGCCGCUCAGGGAGAUCAUCCGGCGCCUGGAGACGGCCUACUGUCAGCAUAUCGGAGUGGAGUUCAUGUUCAUCAACGACAUGGACCAGUGCCAGUGGAUCCGGCAGAGGUUUGAGACUCCAGGAGUCGUGCAGAUCAGGCUGGAGGAGAAGCGGACUCUGCUGGCCAGGAUGAUCCGGUCCACCAGGUUUGAAGAGUUUCUCCAGAGGAAGUGGUCGUCGGAGAAGCGCUUCGGGCUGGAAGGCUGCGAGUCGCUCAUCCCGGCCCUGAAGACCAUCAUCGACCAGUCCAGUGAGAGCGGCGUGGACAGCGUGAUCCUGGGGAUGCCUCACAGGGGGAGGCUCAAUGUUCUGGCCAAUGUGAUCCGGAAGGAGCUGGAGCAAAUCUUCUGCCAGUUUGACUCCAAACUGGAGGCAGCGGAUGAGGGUUCUGGUGAUGUCAAGUAUCACCUGGGAAUGUAUCACAAGAGGAUGAACCGGGUCAGCGACAGGUUGGUCACCAUGUCCCUGAUGGCGAACCCGUCCCACCUGGAGGCUGUGGACCCAGUGGUGCAGGGGAAGACCAAGGCUGAGCAGUUCUACCGUGGGGACGCUGAAGGCAGGAGGGUCAUGUCCAUCCUGCUCCAUGGCGACGCUGCGUUCGCGGGUCAGGGGGUCGUGUACGAGACGUUCCACCUGUCCGACCUGCCGUCGUACACCACGCACGGCACCGUGCACGUGGUGGUCAACAACCAGAUCGGCUUCACCACAGACCCCAGGAUGGCCCGGUCCUCGCCGUACCCCACGGACGUGGCGCGGGUGGUCAACGCCCCCAUCUUCCACGUCAACGCAGACGACCCCGAGGCGGUGAUGUACGUGUGCAAGGUGGCGGCGCAGUGGAGGAACGCCUUCCACAAGGACGUGGUGGUGGACCUGGUGUGUUACAGACGCAACGGCCAUAACGAGAUGGACGAGCCCAUGUUCACACAGCCGCUGAUGUACAAGAAGAUCCGGCAGCAGAAGGGCGUCCUGCACACGUUCGCCGAGAAGCUCAUCGACGAGGGCGUCGUCAGCACGCAGGAGUACGAGGAGGAGGUCGCCACAUAUGACAGAAUUUGUGAGGAGGCUUACGCUCGCUCCAAAGAUGAGAAGAUCCUCCACAGCAGACACUGGCUGGACUCUCCGUGGCCCGGCUUCUUCAACCUGGAGGGGCAGCCUAAAAGCAUGAGUUGCCCUUCCACCGGCAUCAGCGAGGAGGAGCUGGGCCACAUCGGACACAUCGCUGCAUCGGUCCCAGUGGAGGACUUCACCAUACACGCAGGUCUGAGCCGCAUCCUGAAGGGCCGGGCCAACAUGGUGAGCCAGCGCUUGUGUGACUGGGCUCUGGGGGAGUACAUGGCCUUUGGCUCUCUGCUCAAAGGCGGGGUCCACGUACGCCUCAGCGGGCAGGAUGUGGAGAGAGGCACCUUCAGCCACAGACAUCACAUCCUUCACGACCAGAACGUGGACAAGAGGAUCUGCGUCCCCAUGAACCACAUCUCCCCUGAUCAGGCUCCUUACACCGUCUGCAACAGCUCUCUGUCGGAAUACGGAGUCCUAGGGUUUGAACUGGGUUUUGCUAUGUCCAGUCCCAACGCCCUGGUUCUGUGGGAGGCCCAGUUCGGAGACUUUCAUAACACAGCUCAGUGCAUCAUCGACCAGUUCAUCAGCUCGGGCCAGGCCAAGUGGGUGAGACACAACGGCAUCGUGCUGCUGCUUCCUCACGGCAUGGAGGGAAUGGGUCCGGAGCACUCGUCUGCCCGCCCCGAAAGGUUCCUGCAAAUGUGCAAUGAUGACCCAGACGUUUUCCCUCCGCUGACGGAGGACUUCGCUGUGCGUCAGCUCUACGACUGUAACUGGAUGGUGGUCAACUGCUCCACUCCUGCAAACUACUUCCACGUCCUGCGCCGGCAGAUCCUGCUGCCCUUCAGGAAGCCGCUCGUAGCGUUUACCCCCAAGUCGCUGCUGCGUCACCCUGAGGCCAAGUCCAGCUUUGAUGACAUGCUAGCAGGGACUCACUUCCAGCGCCUGAUCCCAGACCAGGGUCCUGCAGCAGACGCUCCAGGAAGUGUCAAGAGGAUCAUUUUCUGCACCGGAAAGAUCUACUACGAGCUGACCCGGGAACGCAAGAACCGCAGCAUGGAAGGGGACGUCGCCGUGGUCCGGCUUGAACAGCUGUCGCCGUUCCCCUUCGAUCUGGUGAGAGCAGAGGCCGAGCGUUACCCGGCGGCUGAUCUUGUCUGGUGUCAGGAGGAGCACAAGAACCAGGGCUACUACGAAUACGUCAAGCCCCGCAUCCGGACCACCACCAACAGAACGCGGCCCGUCUGGUACGCCGGCCGAGGCCCUGCAGCGGCUCCAGCCACAGGGAACAAACACACUCACCUCACAGAGCUGCAGCGUUUACUGGACUCAGCGCUGGACCUGGAGGUGAAGCCGGGGACGGGGAGCCGGGGUCCCGGACCCGGAGCCGCCCACCUUCACACAGUCCAGUGACGGCUGGAUCCUGUUGCAUCGAGGCUUUUUCCUCAGUGUGUUUCUACAUCAGGACACGAAUCUAAGGCCGAAUGUAUGAAUUCAUACACAAUGAAGUUUUUUCAUUAUUAUUAAUGUUAUUUAAUUUAAACCUAUGAAGAUCUACAGCAUCACCAAAUUACUGCCUAAUCUCCUUCUGAACGAUGCUUUGAAUUUAUUUAAAAUCUGGCAGUUUGACUACCAGCGUGAAGACAGCUUUCAGUUUUACUGCAGGAUUGUUACUUUUAGCUUCAGAGCUGAUACGGACUCAUGUUCUGCUGAACAGCAAUGACUGGAACCAGUGGGUUCUGGAGUAGAGUGAGAGAUAGAGCAGCUUUAUUGUUCGGAGGUUCUGAAGGUUAACAGCUCUGAUGGGUCCUCACGUCCACCAGGCUCCUCUCAUCCAGUCCUGCUCAUCUUCCUCUGGACCCGCCUCCAUUUGUACCAAACACAACAAAUCAGCAGCGGCCCUGAUGCAUGUGACAACGUAUUUAUUCACAUUAUGUUGUGUGUUUUCCAUAAAUAAAGAUUCUAGUUCUUGUUGAA